ACAAAUUUCAUCGUCAUUUGGCCUCUUAUCCUCUCGCCUUCCACAAGUCGCAAGCGGCUCCAUUUUUCCAUUUACAGAAUAGAUACCCUUGGCAUAAAUAUUAACAUAUGAUGGUCCAACAGUACAAUGUGCCAUACGUCACGCACGCGGUAGAUCUUUCGUAUGUUUCAUAAGGUGUCAUUUGACCAGCUCCGCAAUUUUUUCAUUCUCUUCAUCAGAACGCAACACAAAUAAACCAAGGUAUUAUGGAAAAGAGCAGCUCAGGUUACGGGGCGGCGCCUGUAGCCCUUAGUUAUGAGCAGCAGCUUAAGGAGACUGGGCAGUCUGAAUUUCACGAAUCAGUCGGCGAAGCUCAAGCUCCAUCGUCGAUGGCUUUAAAGGUUGCUGGAUUGCAUGACGAUGGUCUUGCUCCCGGUACUGAAGCAAGAAAAAGAAUCGAGAAGAGAUUGAAAUUGAAGCUGGAUUUAAGAUUCAGCAUCCUCAUUGUGAUAUACAUUCUCAACUAUAUCGACAGAAAUAAUGCUGCCGCUGCAAGGUUGAAGGGGUUUGAAGAAGACCUCAAUCUUACCGGCCAACGAUUUCCUACAAUCCUUUCGAUCCUUUAUGUAGGAUAUAUUCUAUUCCAAGUCCCGUCAAAUAUGCUUCUGAAUCAUAUCGGCCGGCCAUCUAUCUAUCUCCCUAUCGCGAUGCUUAUAUGGGGGAUGAUUAGCGUCCUCACAGGUGUUUGCCACAACUACGUAGGCGUUCUCCUUACCCGGCUUUUCCUGGGUGUAGUAGAAGCAGCCUUUUUACCUGGCGCGCUAUUUAUUCUGAGCAAAUGGUAUCGAAAAGAUGAAAUCAGUCUUCGGUACACUCUUCUAUACUGUGGAAACCUAAUUUCCAAUGCUUUCGGCUCUUUGAUUGCUGCCGGUGUGUUGGCCAAUAUGGAUGGUAAAUUGGGGCACGCGGCUUGGCGUUGGCUUUUUUACAUCGAAGGAGCUCUCACCAUGUUCUUUGCUCUGAUUGCCAUGAUAAUGCUUCCUGAUUUCCCUCAUAAUAGCAAGCGUGGAUUCACCGAAGAAGAGCUUAAGGUCGCACAGCUGAGAAUGCUGGAAGACGUCGGGGAAAUAGACCAGGACUCAAAGGACGAGAAAUGGCAUACAGGAUUUAUCAUGGCUAUAACUGAUUGGAAAAUCUAUAUUCUCAUGGGCAGUCUGACUACCUGUGUCACUGGCUUAUCGUUUAACAUCUAUUUUCCCACUUUAACGAAGACUCUCGGCUAUGGCACAACAGAAACUCUGCUCCUUGCAGCCCCUCCUUGGAUUUUCUCGUGCCUUCUCGCUCUUGCUAAUUCAACUCACUCUGAUCGCACCAACGAGAAGUUCUGGCAUUCGACUUGGCCUUUACUGAUGGGAAUUGUGGGGUUUAUUAUCUCCAUAGCUGUGCCUCCCGAGAAAAAAGCAGGUCGCUAUGUAGCCUUAUUCCUGCAGGCGGGGUCUUAUGCAGGUUACAUCAUAAUGUACACAUGGAUGAGUAGUUCUUUUCCUCGACCGCCAGCCAAAAGGGCUGUGGCGCUUGCAUUCAUGAAUGCUAUGUCGCAAGUUGGUAACAUUGUUGGCAGUUACAUUUGGCCCACCAAGUUCGGGCCUAGCUACGCCAAGUCCUAUGGUAUAGUUCUGUCUAUGUUUGGGGCCACUAUUCUGCUCAAUAUGUGGUUCCGAAUCAUUCUCAUGCGCGCCAAUAAGCGCCUCGAGGAAGGUGAGAGAGCUUUUGAUGAACAUGGAGAUACUCUUGAGCGGGCGGCUGCUUUGGAGAGUACAACUGUACAAGACGCAAUGCGCAUGCAGAGAGGAUUCAGGUACCUUGUAUAACUCAAAUUAUGUAUUAUAAAAUACGGAACAAUAACAAUGAAGUACCAUCUAUCGAACUUCUAUGUCAACUUAGUGGCACAUUUGCGACAGCGGAGGAAAAGUUUGGAUAUCCAGCCAGAAUGUAUUAUUACUCGCCCGAAAACCGUUUAGUUGAAAGGAGCUGCCAAUAGAUCAGUAAUAGCUAAAAUCGUUUACAAUCUUACAUCA